AGGAUUUCAGAUUACGUUCUUUGUCUGAAAAAGGAACAUCUUUCCGCCUAAAUAAUUUUCAUCUCUUCAAAUGAUUUCUGAUGGAUCCACUCAAGCAUCUAAUCAGGUUUCCAAGAAGCCCACAUAUUCAAAAUUUACUCAGCAAGAUCUCCCCGCCUGGAAACCGAUUCUUACUCCUGCAUUGGUGAUUGCAACUCUCAUAUGCCUUGCCAUAAUCUUCAUUCCGAUCGGUCUGCUCUCUCUUUCCGCAUCAAAAAAUGUGGUUGAGGUGGUGGACCGUUAUGACGACGCGUGCAUCCCAUCGACUAACCAGAAGGUUGGCUACAUCAAAGAUCCUGCAACAGACAAAACCUGCAUCAGGAGCCUCACUAUUCCAAAGAAGAUGAGACAACCAAUCUAUGUGUAUUACCAGCUGGACAACUUCUAUCAGAACCAUAGGAGAUAUGUGAAAAGUAGAAGUGAUCGUCAGCUAUGGAACCCCAAAGCCGAGUCUAGAACCACUCAAUGUGAUCCAGAGGGGCAGACCGGUGACGGUAAGCCCAUUGUUCCAUGUGGCCUCGUUGCUUGGAGUUUAUUCAACGACACCUACAUGUUGUCCAAGAACGAUGCUGUUUUACCAAUUAACAAGAAGGACAUCGCUUGGAGCAGCGAUAGAACUCAUAAAUUCGGCGCCAAUAUCUACCCCAAGAACUUCCAGAAUGGCACCUUGAUUGGGGGUGGAAAACUUGAUGAGAGUAUACCUAUGAACCAGCAAGAGGAUCUGAUGGUGUGGAUGCGGACUGCAGCGCUGCCUACAUUCAGAAAACUAUACGGGAAGAUUGAGACAGACCUCGAAGCCAACGAGAAGAUUACAGUGACAAUACAGAACAACUACAACGCAUACUCCUUCAAUGGGAAGAAGAAGCUGGUGGUCUCAACUGCGACGUGGAUUGGUGGGAAGAAUGACUUCAUUGGCAGAAUGUACAUGGCUGUUGGAGGAACCAGCCUAGUUUUAGCUAUCAUUUUCUCACUUCUUUAUGUUUUCAAGCCAAGGCCUUUGGGGAAUCCCUCUUAUCUGUCAUGGAACAAGAAUACAACCUAGGAUUGACUGUUUUGUUACUUACAAUGAAGUACUGUGAUUCUCUCUCUUGUUUAGAGAGAUAAGGGUAUAAAGCACUUCUUGUAACAUUUUCAUCAUGGGAUUGCUAUUUUUCCUUCCUUUUUAACAGACUUUUUCA